CAGAGUCAUUAGUUCAGAGACGUCAGUUGAGGGCGUGAGAGCGAGAGACAGAGACGCAGAGACACGAUGGUUGAAUUCAGACGGAUUAAUACGACUUUAGUGGUGAUACUGCUGCUUCAGUUUACAGCAGUGACUGGACAGAAUUCCUCCCUCACUGUCAGAGCUGGACAUAGUGUCACUUUGCCUUGUGAACAUGUGAUAAAACAUCAGCACAAAUGUGACAGUACAACCUGGCUCCACAGUCAGUAUGAACGGGCAACAGUAAUAGAGCUGAUUAAUCUUGGACAGAUAGGUAGAAAUGGGAUUCCCAAAGCUAAAUCAGACAGACUGAGUGUUACAGAAAACUGUUCUCUGUUUAUAAAAAAUGUCACACCUGAGGAUGCUGGUCGUUACUCCUGCAGACAGUACAACAGAUCAGGACAAAAACAACAAGGUGCAGACUUUGUGGUUCUUCUGUCUGUUAUUAACAUGACUCAAGAUAAACAAAAUGAUAUGAUCACCUUGUUCUGCGCUGUGUCGACAUAUGGAGAGUGUAAACACACAGUGAAAUGGGUGUACGAGGGUAAUCAGAGUGACGUGGAGAUAACACCAACUGCCUGUUCAUCCAGGGUGAGAUUUGCUUCUCAUCUUGAUCAAAACUUGCUGAAGUGUAACGUGACAGAUCCUAGAACUGGAGAAACUCUGCUGUGUGAUGCUGGCCCAAAGUCCUCGUGUCAGCAAACGGGAAGCACAUCAAGAGGGAUAAACGUUUCAAAAGGACCAGUUGAGAUGUGGUGGUGGUACAUCGUUGCGGCUGUGGGUUUAGCAGCGCUCUUAAUAGUCAUUGUGGCGGUCAUCAGAUGGAAGAAAACUAAAGGGGACCGACCACGUAUGGAUGACAGGAUCGAACAGGGCCAUAACCCCGCAGUGACUCAGCCAGGUCCAGAAAACACGGCGGAUCGUGAAGAGGAUGUUUCCUACGCCUCCGUCAGCUACAGCAAGAACACCAGCAGCAAGAACACCAGCAGCAAGAACACCAGCAGCAAAGCCCAGGGUCAGAGUAAGGAAGAUGAUGAAGAAGAUGAUUUAGUGACCUACAGCACGGUGAAAGCUCCUUCUUCUUCUUCUUCUGCUGGAGCCUCCGCUGAUCCCAGUAGCCUCUACGCUACCGUCAACAAACCAACAAAAGAAGCGGUGACAGUUACAGCUCAUGUCGAAACAUUGAUUUCACAAUGAAAACCAAGUAUUUUUUAUUCUGUGAGGCCCUUUAACUAGAAAUCCACUCACUGUGUUACUGAUAUUCAUUGAUACCUUUGAGCAAAAUUGUCUCCGCAGUUAAAAUCCUGCAGAAUAUUGAAUAUCUAUUUGUAUAAAUGUACAUAAUCCCAAUGCUCUUGCCAGAUUAAAGACAAUGUUAUUGAUAUAUGAAGGAAGCUCAUCUGCAUACUGUAUGGUUGUUAUUGUUAGUGUGUAAAUAUGAAAGUAGCUUUUUUGGGUUAUUAAAUUAACAUAUAAUCACUUUAUCUUUGUGUUACAUCUAUUUGUAUGAACAUCUUCAGGAUGUAUUGCUGUAAGAAGCCUUUCUGCCCAGGAGGGGGUGCUGUUUCAGAGUGUAGAAAGUAGAUGUGGAGUCAGCUAUGUGUUGUUUUCUGAUAGAGAGGUGAAGACCCUCCCUUUCCAGGGGACCUCCAUGGGACCUUAUUUCCGAAAAGUUAUGCAUUGAAGUCAAUGGAGAGAGAAAGAUUAUCUUUCGAUCCCGUUUGAAUUGU